CCCCCGCGCCGGCCGCCUGAGCGCCGUCCCCUCCGCUCUCCCCCGACGGGCCGAGCGAGCGGGGGCCACCCAGCUUCUCCUCCCCCUCGCCCGGCCUCCCUCCGCCCCCUCCUCGGCCUUUGUGGGCCGCCCCCGCCCGCCGGCCUCUCCUCUUCCGCCUUCCCCGCGUCCAUGCACGAAGGCCGAAAAACGAAGAACAUGUUCCUGACGCGGGCGCUGGAGAAGAUUCUGGCCGACAAGGAGGUGAAGAAGGCGCAUCACUCCCAGCUGCGGAAAGCCUGCGAGGUGGCGUUAGAGGAGAUAAAAGCUGAAACCGAGAAACAAAGUCCCCCUCAUGGAGAAGCAAAAGCUGGUUCAAGCACUCUUCCACCAGUGAAAUCAAAGACAAAUUUUAUUGAAGCAGACAAGUACUUCCUACCAUUUGAGUUGGCUUGCCAGUCUAAAUGUCCGCGGAUUGUUAGUACAUCUCUAGAUUGUUUACAGAAACUUAUUGCCUAUGGACACUUAACUGGCAAUGCACCUGAUAGUACAGCUCCAGGUAAAAAAUUAAUUGAUAGAAUUAUUGAGACAAUAUGUGGCUGCUUCCAAGGCCCUCAGACAGACGAAGGAGUUCAGCUACAGAUAAUAAAGGCGUUACUCACUGCAGUAACAUCUCAACACAUAGAAAUUCAUGAAGGUACUGUGCUGCAAGCUGUAAGGACAUGUUACAAUAUCUAUUUAGCAAGCAAAAAUCUCAUCAAUCAAACCACAGCCAAAGCCACUCUGACUCAAAUGUUAAAUGUUAUAUUUGCACGUAUGGAAAAUCAAGCACUGCAGGAGGCUAAACAAAUGGAAAAAGAACGCCACCGACAGCAGCACCAUCUACUGCAGUCUCCAGUAAGCCAUCAUGAGCUUGAGUCGCCUCAGCUGAGACAUCUGCCACCUCAGACUAUCGAUCAUUUAGCUCAAGACCACGAAGGAGAACUUGACCACCAAACAAAUGAUGUGGAUAAGAAUCUUCAUGAUGAUACCGAACCAGAAAACGGAUAUGAUCUUUCCAGUGCUGAAAACGAACAGACUGAAGCUGAUCAGGCCACUGCAGCAGAAACACUUUCUAAAAAUGAUGUGGAGAUAUACGAUGAAGAAAACCAUGAAUGUGAAGAUAAGGCACAAGACAUUGUGCAGAUCGUUGUGCAAGAAAUGGUCAACGUAGUUGUUGGAGGUAUGGGAGAAGGGACUGCUGAAAGUGGAAAUGUGGAAUGUACUAUUGGAAUCUUAGAGGAUGGUAGCGACAAUGAAAAUAUUCAAGCAAAUGGAAUUCCAGGGACACCAAUUUCUGUUGCUUAUACACCAUCCUUACCUGAUGACAGAUUGUCUGUCUCUUCUAAUGACACUCAGGAAUCUGGAAAUUCUUCAGGACCUUCCCCUGGUGCUAAAUUCUCCCACAUUUUACAGAAGGAUGCCUUCCUAGUAUUCAGGUCAUUGUGUAAACUGUCAAUGAAGCCACUGUCUGAUGGACCACCAGAUCCAAAGUCUCAUGAGUUGCGAUCAAAGAUUCUUUCAUUGCAGUUACUUCUAUCCAUUCUGCAGAAUGCAGGACCUGUUUUUAGGACAAAUGAGAUGUUCAUUAAUGCUAUUAAGCAGUAUUUGUGUGUGGCCCUCUCAAAAAAUGGAGUUUCAUCCGUUCCAGAAGUUUUUGAGCUUUCACUUUCCAUAUUCCUAACUUUGCUGUCCAACUUCAAGACACAUUUAAAAAUGCAGAUUGAGGUAUUCUUCAAAGAAAUUUUUCUCUAUAUUUUGGAAACAUCUACCAGUUCGUUUGAUCAUAAAUGGAUGGUCAUUCAGACACUGACGAGGAUUUGUGCAGAUGCCCAGAGUGUAGUGGACAUUUAUGUGAACUAUGAUUGUGACCUGAAUGCAGCAAACAUAUUUGAAAGACUGGUUAAUGACCUUUCAAAAAUUGCGCAAGGACGGGGCAGCCAGGAACUUGGUAUGAGUCCUGUUCAGGAGUUAAGUCUGAGGAAAAAAGGCCUGGAAUGUUUGGUGUCCAUUUUGAAAUGUAUGGUUGAAUGGAGUAAGGAUCAGUAUGUAAAUCCCAACUCUCAGACAACACUUGGCCAAGAGAAACCCAUUGAACAAGAGAGCAAUGAUACCAAGCACCCUGAAACAAUAAACAGAUAUGGGAGCUUAAACUCACUGGACUCUACCACAUCAUCAGGAAUUGGCAGCUACAGUACUCAGAUGUCUGGCACUGACAAUCCAGAGCAAUUUGAGGUCCUAAAGCAACAAAAAGAAAUCAUAGAACAAGGGAUAGAUUUAUUCAAUAAGAAACCAAAGAGAGGAAUCCAGUACCUACAGGAACAAGGAAUGCUUGGCACCACUCCUGAUGAUAUUGCACAGUUCUUACAUCAGGAAGAACGAUUAGACUCUACUCAGGUGGGUGAAUUCCUGGGAGACAAUGAUAAGUUUAACAAAGAAGUCAUGUAUGCAUAUGUGGACCAACAUGACUUUUCAGGAAAGGAUUUUGUUUCAGCCCUACGCAUGUUUCUGGAAGGAUUCCGUCUCCCAGGAGAGGCUCAAAAAAUCGAUCGACUAAUGGAGAAAUUUGCUGCUAGAUACUUAGAGUGUAACCAAGGACAAACCCUGUUUGCUAGUGCAGACACUGCCUAUGUUUUGGCAUACUCAAUCAUCAUGUUAACCACAGACCUUCACAGCCCACAGGUAAAGAAUAAAAUGACAAAGGAACAGUAUAUUAAGAUGAAUAGAGGCAUUAAUGACAGUAAGGACCUUCCUGAAGAAUAUCUGUCAGCUAUCUAUAAUGAAAUAGCAGGAAAGAAGAUUUCAAUGAAAGAAACAAAAGAACUAACAAUACCUACAAAAUCAAGUAAACAGAAUGUAGCCAGUGAAAAACAGAGAAGACUUUUGUACAACUUGGAAAUGGAACAGAUGGCUAAGACGGCUAAAGCCCUCAUGGAGGCAGUAAGUCACGUUCAAGCACCUUUUACCAGUGCAACACAUCUGGAGCAUGUGAGACCUAUGUUUAAGUUGGCCUGGACUCCAUUUCUGGCUGCAUUCAGUGUGGGCCUGCAAGACUGUGAUGACACUGAAGUUGCAUCUCUUUGUUUGGAGGGCAUUCGAUGUGCAAUCCGGAUUGCCUGUAUUUUCAGCAUUCAGCUUGAAAGAGAUGCUUAUGUCCAGGCACUUGCAAGAUUUACUUUACUUACUGUGAGUUCUGGGAUUACUGAAAUGAAACAGAAGAAUAUCGACACAAUAAAAACCCUGAUUACCGUGGCUCAUACAGAUGGAAAUUAUUUAGGAAAUUCAUGGCAUGAGAUUCUGAAAUGCAUCAGUCAGCUGGAGCUAGCACAACUAAUAGGAACUGGGGUGAAACCAAGAUACAUUUCUGGAACUGUACGAGGGAGAGAAGGCUCUUUCACUGGAACAAAGGAUCAAGCUCCUGAUGAAUUUGUAGGUCUGGGACUAGUUGGAGGAAAUGUAGAUUGGAAGCAGAUAGCAAGUAUUCAGGAAUCCAUUGGAGAAACCAGUUCGCAGAGUGUUGUCGUUGCCGUUGAUAGAAUAUUUACUGGAUCAACGAGGCUGGAUGGAAAUGCUAUUGUGGAUUUUGUCCGUUGGCUUUGCGCAGUGUCUAUGGAUGAAUUGCUGUCCACCACACAUCCCCGAAUGUUUAGUCUUCAGAAGAUAGUUGAGAUCUCUUAUUACAACAUGGGUAGAAUAAGACUACAGUGGUCUAGAAUCUGGGAAGUCAUUGGAGAUCACUUCAAUAAGGUUGGCUGCAAUCCCAAUGAAGAUGUAGCGAUUUUUGCAGUAGAUUCCUUGAGGCAAUUAUCAAUGAAAUUCUUAGAGAAAGGGGAACUUGCUAAUUUCCGAUUUCAAAAGGAUUUCCUAAGGCCAUUUGAACACAUAAUGAAGCGGAACAGGUCUCCAACCAUUCGCGACAUGGUUGUACGAUGUAUAGCACAGAUGGUUAAUUCUCAAGCUGCUAAUAUUCGCUCAGGCUGGAAGAAUAUCUUCUCAGUGUUUCACCUGGCUGCAUCCGAUCAGGAUGAAAGUAUAGUGGAACUUGCAUUUCAAACGACAGGGCACAUUGUCACCAUUGUGUUUGAGAAGCACUUUCCAGCUACCAUUGAUUCUUUUCAGGAUGCAGUGAAAUGUCUGUCUGAAUUUGCAUGUAAUGCAGCAUUCCCAGAUACAAGUAUGGAAGCAAUUCGUCUGAUUCGCCACUGUGCAAAAUACGUAUCUGAUAGGCCACAGGCUUUCAAAGAAUAUACCAGUGAUGACAUGAAUGUAGCUCCUGAAGACAGGGUGUGGGUGAGAGGCUGGUUCCCAAUUCUCUUUGAGUUGUCGUGUAUCAUCAAUAGAUGCAAAUUAGAUGUAAGAACCAGGGGUUUGACUGUAAUGUUUGAAAUAAUGAAAACCUACGGCCACACGUAUGAAAAACAUUGGUGGCAGGAUUUGUUUAGGAUCGUGUUCAGAAUCUUCGACAACAUGAAACUGCCAGAACAGCAAACAGAGAAAGCCGAGUGGAUGACAACUACUUGCAAUCAUGCACUUUAUGCAAUCUGUGAUGUGUUCACCCAAUAUUUAGAAGUGCUUAGUGAUGUCCUUUUGGAUGAUAUAUUUGCCCAGUUGUACUGGUGUGUGCAGCAAGACAAUGAACAAUUGGCCCGAUCUGGUACUAACUGUUUAGAGAAUGUUGUGAUUCUAAAUGGGGAGAAAUUUACCCUAGAAAUUUGGGAUAAGACUUGCAGUUGCACUUUGGACAUCUUCAAAACCACAAUCCCCCACGCACUCUUAACUUGGCGGCCCACAGGAGAUGACUCCACCCCGGUCUCCCCAUCUUCGGAUACCGUAUCACAGAAAUCCGUGGAUAUACACGAUUCUAUUCAGCCAAGAUCUGCAGAUGAUAGACAGCAAAUGCAAUCCAGCAUUGUGCCCAUUAUGAACGAGGAGGUUGGCAAAACAAGACCUUCAGCAAAAAUGACGGAACAGAAAUUGUUUGCUGCCCUGUUGAUUAAAUGUGUCGUGCAACUGGAACUUAUUCAAACCAUUGACAACAUUGUGUUCUUCCCAGCAACUAGUAAAAAAGAAGAUGCAGAAAACCUAGCAGCAGCACAGCGAGAUGCAGUGGAAUUUGAUGUUCACGUAGACACGCAAGACCAAGGAAUGUAUCACUUUCUAACCUCACAACAACUUUUUAAACUGCUGGACUGCUUGUUAGAAUCCCAUAGAUUUGCUAAAGCUUUUAAUUCAAACAAUGAACAGAGGACAGCGCUGUGGAAGGCAGGCUUCAAAGGAAAAUCCAAACCCAACCUCCUGAAGCAGGAGACCAGCAGUCUGGCUUGUGGGCUACGCAUCCUUUUCCGAAUGUACAUGGAUGAGACCCGGACUAGCGCAUGGGACGAAGUCCAGCGCCGGCUGCUAGAUGUCUGCAGUGAAGCCCUGAGCUACUUCCUUACCCUUACUUCAGAAAGUCACCGGGAAGCCUGGACUAACUUACUACUUUUGUUCCUCACUAAAGUUCUAAAGAUAAGUGACAAGAGAUUCAAGGCUCAUGCAUCAUUCUACUACCCUCUCUUGUGUGAAAUUAUGCAAUUUGACCUGAUUCCUGAACUUCGAGCUGUUCUGCGGAGGUUUUUUCUGCGUAUUGGGGUCGUUUUUCAGAUAUCGCAACCGACAGAACAAGAGCUUGAAACAAACAAACAGUGACUGAAUGUUUCUUUUAGAAUUUUUACCCCUCAGCUUGUAAAAAGGACCCGUGGAGUUGAGGUUUUCCUGCCUGCUGCAGAACCGUUUUCUUUGUACGGCGGAGGAUGUCCAUGGGUCUGUGGUACACAUAGUUAAGAGUGUAAAUUCAGGCUUGCAACACUCCUGUCCCAUUCACGAUCCCCUGAUGCAUUAUCUCCACCGGAUUCUUGGUCUGGGCUCAUGUCAAGGCAUCGAGCCUGUUGUUGGCCCAGCUUUGGUCAGGGGGUGCUGCGCUUUUCUUUUUACUGUCUUUAGGCAGUGGGGGGGUGGAAGUGAGACUUACCCAAAGAACUCUAUAUGUAAUGGUGUGAACUUCUGCAAGAAGUACAACUCAGGAGAGCUGUAUUGUGAAGGAUAAAAUGUUUAUAAUGGGGGUGCGG